GUUGUACCUCCCCGGGACAGCGACUCAGCAGCUGCUAGCUUGCUUAUGGUGCCGAGAAAACCGAUUAAUCCUCGCUUCCACCGAUAAUGGCGGCCAUGGCCAUGGAUUUCUCUCAUCUGUCUGUGUUGUUGAUGGUGUUGCCACUGCUUCUGUGUAUCCAUAUUAAAAUCGCUGGAGCCUCCAUCCACAUCUACACUUCCCAACCUUUCCACGAUGUCGGCAACUCUCUCCUUCUCUACGGCGGCAGCGAAGGCAUUUCCGCCGGAUCCUCCUCUUUCAUCCGUUUCAAGAACAUCACUUUCUGGAGGACGAGGGACGCCAUUGAUAAUCGCUCACCGAAAGGCCGUAACAAUGGCUUGGUCCAAGCCGUUAUUUUCGAGGCCUCCCAUCGUAACAACAUCGGUGGUUCUGCUUAUGGUGGCCAACGCUCGAUUUGUUGCACACCAGAUCUCGCAAAACUACAAGGCUGUAAGCAGGGUGAGAUUAUUAGGAUCCCUUCUGCUUCUGACCCUAGAUGGCCCAUUCUCUUACGCGUCAACUUCAAUGGAAGACGCUUAUCUGCUAAAAUGGGAGACAAUGAAAUUCCCAUCAGCAAAUCUGGAAUCUAUAACUUGUUGUUCAUAUCGUGUGAUCCAAAACUCAGGGGCCUCAAAAUGACCGGAGAGACCAUUUGGAAAAACCCUGACGGUUAUCUUCCCGGAAGAAUGGCUCCUUUGAUGAAGUUUUAUGGUUAUAUGUCUCUUGGGUAUCUGUUGCUCAGUGCCAUCUGGUUAUUUCAGUACCUGAGGUUCCGAAGGGAUAUAUUGCCUCUUCAACAUUGCAUCACUACUGUUAUUGUUCUCGGAUUUCUCGAGAUGGCCUUUUGGUACUUGGACUAUGCAAAUUUCAACAGUACAGGCACGAGGCCUGUUGCCCUUACUUCAUGGGUUGUCACCAUUGGUGCUCUCAGGAAGACUGUUUCUCGCAUUCUCAUCCUUUGUGUUUCAAUGGGUUAUGGUGUCGUUAGGUCCACUCUCGGUGGUCUCACUUCUAAAGUCCUCCUCGUUGGUGUGACUUACUUCAUAGCUUCCGAGAUGCUUAAUAUAGCUGAGUAUGUAGGCACCAUCGACGAUAUAUCCGGAAGAGCAAAACUUUUUCUUGUCCUGCCUGACGCUUUCCUGGAUGCGUUUCUUAUAUUAUGGAUCUUUACCUCUCUUGCAAGAACACUUGAACAAUUACAGAUGAAGAGGACCUCGGCUAAGUUGGAGAUUUACAGGAAGUUCUCAAAUGCGCUUGCCAUAAUGGUGGUUGUCUCUGUUACUUGGAUCGUGUAUGAGGUUUAUUUCAAAGCAACAGAUCCCUUCAACGAAAGAUGGCGGACUGCUUGGACUAUAACUGCUUUCUGGGAUAUUAUUGCAUUCCUGUUGCUUUGUGUCAUUUGUUAUCUGUGGGCGCCGUCUCAGAAUUCUCAGAGAUAUGCCUAUGCGGGAGAGGCCGAGGAAGAAGAAAACAACAACGAGGAAGCUGAAUCUUUGACAGGGGGAAAGCAAGAUGGUGAAAUCAGUUUAGUGAAGCAGGAAAAGGCUGCUGUUGGUUCGGACAGAGAAGAUGAUCUUGAGGAAGACAAGACUGAGUAACAGGGUUCUAAGCCGUAUAUACUGAGCUUGUGCACGUGUAUGUAAACAUUCCGCCACUGUUUCUGUUUGUCCGGUGGAUUUGUGAUCAUAGGGAUUUUGUUGCUGAAAAGACUUUUGUUUCACCUCCCUUCCAAAACCAACUUCA